GCACCUCCAGUCCAACCACACCCCCAGCCAUCAUCAUGAAGCUCUCCACCAUCCUCAUCCCCACAGUCCUCACCCUCUCAUCUACCUCAACAGCCCUAGGAAUAAAUUGCCGCGGCAGCGGCGGCUGCGCCGGGUCCGGCUCCAUCGGCGGCUCCGGGACGCGGCUCUCGCAUAUCAAGAACAAGAUCGACGGCAUCGACGACAACAAGCACUACAACAACGGCGACCAUAUUGCCUGCGAGGAGAACAAGCUCGGCACUGGCAUCUGCGCCUUCUUUCAGUCUACUGGCAGUGGCGGCAGCGGGGCCGACGCCAAGCGGUUGGUGCAGAAGUUGAUUAAUCAUGGGUGUACGGCGUGUGGAAGUGUGCCUACUGGAAAGGAGAACACUGUGAAGAAGGGACAGCUUACGGUAAACUAUGUGUCGAAGCCGUAGGGGGUGGAGAGAGGAUGGUGAAGUGGGC